GCCUCCCCCGCGCAGGGUGCGCCCCGCACGCUUUAUCCUGCCCCGGAGCAGCGCGAGCACCCAGCCCUCGUUCCACAGCCGCUGCGAGAUGCUGCGCUCCACGUCCACCGUCACCCUGCUCUCAGGCGGCAGCGCCAAGUCUCCUGGGACGCCCAGUAGGAGGGCAAACGUCUGCAGACUACGGCUGACCGUGCCUCCUGAGAGUCCAGCACCCCAGCAAACAGAAAAGAAGAUUGAGAGGAAAGAUCAGCCUCCAGAACCAAGCCAUGGGGAACCUACGAGGAAGCUUCCUCAGGGCGUUGUCUACGGUGUGGUGCGCAGAUCGGAUCCCAACCAACAGAAGGAAAUGGUCGUGUAUGGCUGGUCCACCAAUCAGCUGAAAGAAGAGAUGAACUACAUCAAAGAUGUGAGGGCCACUUUGGAGAAAGUGAGGAAGCGGAUGUACGGAGACUACGACGAGAUGAGGCAGAAGAUACGCCAGCUCACCCAGGACCUGUCGGUUUCCCACGCUCGGCAGGACUACCUAGACAGUCACAUCCAAGUGCAGUCAUCAGCCCUGGAUAACUUCAAUGCCAUGAACUCGGCCUUGGCGUUGGACUCGGUUGGCCUGCAGAAAACCCUUGUGGAUGUGACCUUGGAAAACAGCAACAUCAAGGAUCAGAUCAGACAUCUGCAGCAGACCUAUGAAGCGUCCAUGGACAAGCUGCGGGAGAAGCAGAGGCAGUUAGAGGCUGCGCAAAUGGAAAACCAGCUGCUGAAAAUGAAGGUGGAGUCGUCUCAAGAAGCCAAUGCGGAGGUGAUGCGGGAGAUGACGAGGAAGCUGUACAGCCAGUAUGAGGAGAAGCUGCAGGAGGCGCAGCGCAAGCACACUGCCGAGAAGGAGGUGCUCCUGGAGGAAACCAAUAGCUUUCUGAAAGCGAUCGAAGAGGCCAAUAAAAAGAUGGAGGCAGCUGAGCUCAGCCUGGAGGAGAAAGACCAGAGGAUCGGGGAGCUGGACAGGUUGAUUGAGCGAAUGGAGAAGGAACGGCAUCAACUCCAGCUGCAGCUCCUUGAACAUGAAACAGAAAUGUCAGGGGAGAUUGCAGAUUCUGACAAGGACAGGUACCAGCAGCUGGAGGAGGCAUCCGCCAGCCUCCGAGAGCGGAUCAGGCACCUGGAUGACAUGGUGCAUUGCCAGCAGAAGAAAGUCAAGCAGAUGGUGGAGGAGAUUGAAUCAUUAAAGAAGAAAGUGCAGCAGAAGCAGCUCCUCAUACUGCAGCUUCUAGAAAAAAUCUCUUUCCUGGAAGGCGAGAAUAAUGAACUACAAAGCCGGUUGGACUAUUUGACAGAAACUCAGCCCAAGACUGAAGUGGAGACCAGAGAAGUUGGAGUGGGCUGUGAUCUUCUACCCAGUUUCCUGGCCUGCUGCUCCUCCUCUGUCUCAUCCUUGGGUUGCAUUUAUUUCUAGUGGGCGAGGAUCUCAUCGUGGAAUGAAAAUAUGAAGCGUGACUCACUCCCAACAGGCAGGACCCGCGAAUUCACGAUGCCUUCCAGGAGUUACACCCCAUACACGCGAGUCCUGGAGUUAACCUCAAAGAAAACGCUGACUUAGGGACUCAGAGACACGUGCUUCUUGCAGGUGUUGAAAAGCCCUGCAACCCUGCGACGUAAAGGUCUGGAGAGGGUGAUGAUUGCUUCCUCAUAGACAUGGUGUAAGCCAGAAAGGGAAUCUCGGGCCAGUGGAGGCAGAGAGAACAAGCCAGGAUGUGGACAUGAGGUCUUCUUUCGGACACCCGCCCAACCCUGUUAUACAGAAUCCUCAUUUGCUUUCCAUGUGGAUGUUGAAGUCCUGGCUUUACAGUCUAUGUUGUUUUACUCGGUUUGGAGAGAAAGGGGCAUUAAUUAAAAACUUCAUGUUUGUUACAGCAUAAAGGCUUUGUUUACCCGGAAAGUAUUAGCAGCAGUAUUUCUCCCGCAAGGAGAAGCCUGUGCACAAGGAGCAUGGGCACCUGGAAAAACUUGAACUGGAGGGGAAGAUUCCUGGCAUCUGGUGCUCUCUCCUCUGGUGGGGAGGAUGUGGGCCUGGUUGUGGGAGCCACGUUUAGAGACUUGGGUGUGCCAGAGUAACUGCAUUCUGAUUCACUGAUUCCUGUUUUAAUGUGUGCCUUACGCCAUAAUUGGACCACCUGAGAUCACUAUAUUUAUGCAAGCUGUGAUUCUUUCCUUUCUCACUUAAAGAAGAAUUUUGUAUGUUGUGGCAUUUAGUCAUUUCGUGUUUAAGUAACCAUUGAUAUUUUUGUUAAGUGGAUGAGGAGUCUAUUCAUGCACGCUCUACUUUGAUAUUAAAACCCACGUCACAUAUAUUUAAUAAAUGCCUUCUAUUUUGUUCUAA